AUGAUAUUAAGCGCCCCUAAAGUAGAACCCCUAUUUUCCUCCGUAGGGUUUCCAAUUCUACAGUUCUACUCCGGUUCAAUGGACCCUCACUGCAUGGUACCUACAUAUGCACUAUUUAUAGAGAUUUCUCUUUAA